GCAAAUCCAGCUGAGAGAAUUAUGUCAAUUCUUAAUUUAGGAUUACAAAAUAUUGCUUUAGCACGUAAUGAUCUUAGUUUAGAGCAAGAAGAAAUUUUUAAACAAUUAGAUAAUAUGGAGGCAAUUCGAAAAGCAAUAGAAAAUAAUAAAUCUUUAAAAAUUGAACUAACAAAUAGCAUUAUGGAUAUUAAAAAUAUUUUAUAUGAAAGAACUCAACAAUUA